CCUCAUUAAUCACCUCGUUCGUCCCUCCUGUCUCGUCAGGUAAAGGUAUCUGUGUCUCUGAGCGUUGGUUGGAUCAGGAUCGGAGGAAGAUAAUGGCGGACGAAAUGGAGAAAUCUGCGCCUGCGGAGGAGUCGCUAUUGGAGAAGAUCGCCGAGAAGAUCCACGAUCACGAUUCGUCGUCGUCAUCGGAUUCGGACAACGAGAAAAUGGAGUCGCCUAUGGCCGUGAAGGACAAGAUUUAUCGUCUGUUUGGCAGAGAGAAACCUGUUCACAAGGUCUUCGGUGGUGGAAAGCCUGCUGAUGUGCUCUUGUGGAGGGAUAAGAAACUGUCAGCUGCUGUUCUUGGAACGGCGACUGCCAUCUGGGUUCUGUUUGAGCUAGUUGAGUAUCACUUGUUGAGUCUUGUUUGUCACAUUUUGAUACUCGCUCUCUCAGUCCUGUUUUUGUGGUCCAAUGCUCACAGCUUCAUCAACAAGUCUCCACCGCAGAUUCCUGAAAUCCAUCUUCAUGAGGAACACUUUCUUCUCGUUGCUUCUGCACUCAGAAAUGAGGUGAACCAGGCUUUUACCGUCCUACGCGACAUUGCUCUAGGAAGAGACUUGAAGAAAUUCCUGAUGGUCGUGGCUGGGCUGUGGGUCAUCUCGGUCGUGGGUAGCUGGUGCCACUUUUUGACGUUGAUAUACAUAUGUUUUGUGCUGCUUCACACUGUGCCGGUGCUAUACGAGAAGCACGAGGACAAAGUCGACCCAAUGGCGGAGAAGGCCUUUGUCGAGCUCAAGAAGCAGUACGGUGUGCUUGAUGAGAAGGUUCUUUCUAAGAUUCCCAUUGGCCCUCUCAAAGCUAAGUUGGGUUAGAGCGAGAGAGAGUGACCGUCCGUCCUCUUAUUAGUCAUCAUCUUUGGUUUUGUUUUGGAUUCAUUCCCCUUUGAUCCAUGGCUGCUUUUUAAUUAUUAGGGGCAGAGUUUUCAGUUUAUUGCUCCUGUCCCAUUUGACUGCAUAUUGCUCGUCUCUCUUUUGGCAUUAUUAUUUAUAUAAUCAAAUAUGGUGCAUCGGUUAUUGCUU